GCUUUCUUUCGGAUAUUCUGCCAUUUUUGUAGAUAAAAGACGUUUGUUCGCCUGAAUUUCGUAAACCAACAAAAGGAUGUGUCGUCAACAGUACAGAGGGGCCGAAUGGAUGUUGUGCGCCAUUACUCUUUGUUUAUUUGACCGGUCUGCCGCCCAGAUUUCCUACUCCGUUUCCGAGGAGGUGGACAAAGGCACAGUGGUGGGGAAUCUCGCCAAGGAUUUAAACAUUCAUACACAGCAGCUGGAGGAACGAGGAUUUAGGAUUGUAUCGGGAUACAGUAAGAAAUAUUUCGAGGCUAAUUUAAGAACAGGAGCCUUAUUUGUUCAUGAAAGGUUAGACCGUGAAGAGCUUUGUCCGAAUUUACCGAGGUGUUCUUUAAAUAUAGAGGGACUACUGAGCUAUCCUAUGAAUAUUUAUCGCAUUGAGGUCAACGUUCUUGACAUUAAUGACAAUGCACCAUCGUUUCUCGAGCAAAUCCAUGUGUUUAAUAUCUCCGAGUCUUCUUCAACGGGAGAGAGGUAUCCGCUCCCAAUAGCUCAAGAUGCCGACACUGGCAGCAACUCUGUGAAAACCUACAAGUUAAGCCUUAACGAGCAUUUCUCCAUAGAUGUGAGUAGCGGAGGGGACAGCAUGUCUGCUGAGUUAGUGCUGCAGAAAGCUUUAGACCGAGAGAAGCAACCCAUUAUUAAACUAACAUUGACCGCUGUGGACGGAGGAAAACCGGCAAAAUCUGGCACUAUGCAGAUUCUUGUCAAUGUGGUAGAUGUUAAUGAUAACACGCCUUCGUUUGGCAAGUCGCUUUAUAAAAUAAGUGUCACCGAAAAUGUCCCUAUAGGUACAACAAUACUGAAACUAAAUGCAACCGAUUUAGACGAAGGGUCAAAUUCCGACAUCAGAUAUUAUUUAAUGAAAAGAGGAAAUGUGGACUCUCCUGAAAAAUUUAGUGUUAUUCCUGAAAGCGGUGAAAUGAUUGUGAUGGCUCAUUUGGAUUACGAGGACAUUAAUGCCUAUGAAUUACGAGUACGAGCAACAGACCAAGGCGCUUCCCCUCGCAGUGGUUAUUCUAAAGUGCUGGUAGAGGUUGUCGAUGUCAAUGACAAUGCGCCAGAAAUCUCUAUAACUUCAAUAAUGACUCCAGUGAAGGAAAGUGCUGAAAUUGGAACAGUCGUUGCAUUGGUGACCGUGACUGAUAAAGAUGGAGGGAAAAAUGGCCUCACCAGUUGUAAAGUUAAAGAUUCGGUCCCAUUUAAAUUAACGUCAAAUUACAAAAACUAUUACUCAUUGAUAGUUGACGGUGUCCUUGACAGAGAGAUUGUAUCACUGUACAAUGUAACCAUUUCGGCUGUCGAUGAGGGGAGUCCACCUCUUUCUAGCACUGCUGUAAUCACUGUGGGAAUCUCUGAUAUUAAUGACAACGCGCCUCGUUUCUCAGAAGCCAAUGUCAAUAUUUACGUGAAAGAGAACAGUAAAGUGGGAGUUAUUAUCACGAGUACAACUGCAGAGGAUGCAGAUGCAAACGACAAUGCUAAGCUGACUUAUUCAUUAAUUGAUACUUAUCCAAAAAGUAUUCCCAUAACUUCUGUUGUAAACAUCAACUCAGAGACCGGAGAUAUAGUCAGUCUGCAGUCUUUUAACCACGAGGAGCUAAAAACGUUUCAGUUUAAAGUUCAGGCCACAGACUCUGGUGUUCCUCCGCUCAGCAGCAACGUGACUGUGAACGUUUUCAUCCUGGAUGAGAAUGACAACAGUCCCGCGAUUCUCGCGCCCUAUUCCGAGCACGGAUCCGUUAACAGCGAGAGCAUCCCCUACUCUGCUGAAGCGGGAUACUUUGUGGCAAAGAUCAGGGCUGUAGACGCAGACUCUGGAUACAAUGCGCUGCUCUCUUACCACCUCUCUGAGCCCAAAGGAAACAACCUCUUCCGCAUCGGAACCAGCACCGGGGAAAUCAGGACUAAGAGGAGAAUGAGUGACAAUGACCUGAAGACUCACCCCCUGGUGGUCCUGGUUUCUGAUAACGGAGAACCCUCCCUGUCGGCUACUGUGUCUAUCGAGGUGGUGGUGGUCGAAAGCACAGCUGACAUCCAGACUCAGUUCAGACAUGUGCCCAUAAAGGAGGAGAGCUUCUCCGAUUUAAACCUGUACCUGCUGAUCGCCAUCGCGUCGGUGUCACUGAUCUUUCUGCUCAGCCUCAUCAGUUUAAUAGCGGUCAAGUGCCACAGGUCAGACGGCAGUUUCAGCAGGUACGGCGCCCCAAUGAUCACCACCCACCCUGACGGGAGCUGGUCUUACUCUAAAGCUACUCAGCAGUACGACGUCUGUUUCAGCUCAGACACACUCAAGAGUGACGUAGUGGUUUUCCCCGCACCGUUUCCGUCUGUAGACGCGGAGCUGGUCAGUAUUAACGGAGGAGACACGUUUACCAGGACUCAGACUUUACCUAAUAAAGACAAGGUAGGUUAUACUUUGCAGCUAAUGCUUGAAUAAUUGAUUAGAGAUUAAUACGUCAACUGAAAUGCGCUUGCUUUCACUGACUGCUUCAGAGUACCACCUUCUUUGAUAUAACAUUUUA